UUUCUUCCUCCUCUCGGAGGCCUGACCUAACCCUAAUUCUCGCCAUGGAUUUCUUCAAAUCAGUCUUCGCCGCCGAUCCCGAUCCCGAUCCGUCUCCCCCAGAUUCUCCCCGGCAGCAGACAUUCCCACCGGACGAUGAGGAAGAACGGGGAGAAGAAGCGCCAGCCGCCGCCGCCGGCGGGGCGUGGAGCUUUGGGGGCCUGAUUAAGACAAUCGCCACGAAGAAGGAGUUCGGCUCCUUGAUCGAGACCUACCGCCGGGACUUGGAGGAGUUUGGCUCCGGCCUUAAGAAGGAGACCGCAGCGAUCCGGGAGGCCGCCACCCGCGCCGUCCAGAACCUCCCGGGAUCCCUGGAGGCUGGCGCCUCCGUCGCCCAGGAGUCCCUCGAGUCCGUCGGCCAGGUCAUUGACGACUUCGGCGGCUCCGUCUGGCAAGGCACCACGGAGAUCAUCUCCCAGAGCAAAGAAGUCCUCCUCGCCAUGGAAUCCGACGCCAAUUCCCCAGAUCCCUCCUCCAUUGACGCCGGGACACAGAAUUUGGCUGGUUCUUCGAGGAGGUAUAGCCGGUUUGAUGCGCAGGUCCUCGCCAUCCAGUCCGAUCUGAGCACGUUCUCGGAGGAGCCGGAGGAUGCUGAGGAUUUCAAAAAGUGGAGAUCGGGGUUCCAAUUGGCGGAAAAAGAGGAGGAGGUCGAGAAUUUGUGCUAUGAAAAUGGGGCUCUGGAGGGAUUUCUCGAAAAGCUCGUGCCUUCUGUUAUGGAUUAUGAUACCUUCUGGAGUCGGUACUACUAUAGGAUUCAUAAGCUCAAGCAGGCAGAGGAUGCCAGGGCGAAGCUCGUCAAGAGGGUGAUUUCAAGAGAAGAGGAUGAGGAGGAUUUGAGCUGGGAGGUUGAUGAUGAUGAGGAAGAAGAAGAAAAGAAGGAAGAAAAUAUAGAAGAAAAGAAGGAAGAAAAGAAGCAGGAAAAGAAAGAGGAAAAAAUGGGAGAGCCUGAAGAAAUAGAAGUUGUUAAAGUCGAAGAAAACAAAGAUGAGGAAGAAGACGCAACAAAGAAAGAAGACACUACCACCACCGCUCAAAUUCUAGAGGAAAAGAAACAUGUAGAGGUGUCUCAAGAUGAGAACUUGGGAGUAUCGUUGGCGAUGGUUGAGAAGGAAGUGCCAUCAACUGCAGAGAAGGCAGAAAUUGUGGGAUCGAACAGUGAGGAAUUGAUAUCCAAGCCAGAUGAUAAAGUGCCUGAAGCGAAGACUGAGAGUGGAGGUUCAUGCAAAGAUAGUGAUGUGUCGGUGGUGUCAAGGCCUUCUAUGCCAGAGGAAGAUGAUCUUGAGUGGGAUGAGAUCGAAGAUCUUGGGGAGCAUGAUGAUAAGAAAAUUAGUAAUAUGAGUGGGAGUCCUCUCAAGGUGGAUCUACGCAAGAGAUUGAGUGCUGCUGAAGAUGAUGAGGAUCUGAGUUGGGAUAUAGAAGAUGAUGUUGAGCCUGCCAAGCCAUGAUUUAUGGUGUAUCAACAGUCGGUACGCAGUGGCAUCACUCCUGAACCAGUAUGCAAUUUUUUUUGUUUAAUUAUUUAUAUUUUUAUAUUUUUUAGUCUGGAUGGAUUGUUUUAAUGCUUGCAGUUGUUUGAAUAAUGAUUAUGAUUCUUUUUUGACUUUUUAUGUCAUAUUGGUCUUGAAUAUAAUAUGAUUGAUUAGUGAAUGCAAUUGUAAUAUAAU